AUGGCCACUCCGGAAUCGAACGUAGAUGUGCUCAUCAUCGGUGCCGGCCCUGCGGGGUUGAUGGCAGCCGCCUGGAUGGCGCAUUGCGGCGUCAACGCUCGCAUUGUCGACAAGAGAAACACAAAGAUCUUUUGCGGCCAAGCCGAUGGACUUCAAUGUCGCAGUCUGGAGAUCUUUGACUCGCUCGGUUUCGUGGAUCGGGCCUGGAAGGAGGCCAAUCACAUGAUUGAGAACCCCGGCAAUGAUGGUGUGAUUCGUCGCAGCGACAGAAUCCCAGACACCAUCGUCGGCCUCUCGCGCUUUCAGCAGAUUGUCCUCCAGCAGGGCCGCAUUGAGCGAUUCUUCCUGGAAAACAUCAAGAAACACUCCAAGGACGCGAUCAAGGUCGAGCGCGGGGUCCUCCCCGAGUCGCUCGAGAUUGACCUGUCCAAGGUGGACGAUGACGCCGCUUACCCGGUGACAAUCAAGCUUCGCACACUGAACGAGGAGGAGUCUACCCCUCCUCAGGCUGCCAACGCGAGCAAGAUCCCUGACGGUCUGUUCCGGAGCAACUUGAUCCGGGACGAUGACGAGGCGGACUUGAUCAAGAAGGCCCAAGACAGAGCCGGCGCGAGUGAAAUUGUUCACGCCAAAUAUGUCAUUGGUUGUGAUGGUGCUCGCAGUUGGACUCGGAGAGCUCUUGGGUUUGAGCUGGAUGGAGAGGCUACUGAUUUCAUUUGGGGCGUCAUGGACAUCAUCCCCAUUACUGACUUCCCCGAUAUUCGCAUGCGCUGUGCCAUUCACUCCGCAGAGAACGGUAGCUUGAUGGUCAUCCCCAGAGAGAACAAGCUUGUCCGCCUCUACAUCCAGUUGAAGGAGGUUGCCCCCGACGCGUCUGGAAGAGCUGACCGCUCCAAAAUCACCCCCGAACUCAUCUUUGGCGCUGCGCAGAAGAUUCUAAGCCCGUACAAGAUUGAGUAUGAGUACUGCGACUGGUGGACCGCAUACCAGAUUGGUCAGAGAGUCGGUACCGAGUACGACGCUCACGGCCGCGUCUUCCUUGCCGGCGACGCCGUCCACACCCACUCCCCCAAGGCCGGUCAAGGCAUGAACGUCUCCAUGCAAGACACGUACAACCUCGGCUGGAAGGUGGCUCUAGCCGCCAAGGGUAUCGCGAAGCGCGACAUUCUCAGUACCUACCAGAGCGAGCGCCGCCGCGUUGCCCAAGACCUCAUCGAGUUCGAUCACCGCUUCAGCCGUCUCUUCUCCGGCCGCCCCGCCAAGGAUGUCCUGGAUGAAGAGGGCGUCAGCAUGGAGGUCUUCAAGGAUGCAUUCCUCAAAGGCAACUUAUUUGCGUCUGGUCUCUCCGUCGACUACGGUGCCAGCAACCUGGUCGUCAAGGCCGGCGAUUCGUUGAAGCAGGGCGACGGCAGCAAGGUGCUCAAGUCUGUCGCCUCCAUCUCCGAAGAAGACUUCAAGAAGAAACAGGCGCUGGCCCCUGGUCUGCCCGUCGGUAUGCGCUUCAACAGCUUCAAGGUCCUGAACCAAGCCUGCGCUCGCCCCUGGCACUUCCAGGAGAUUCUCAAGGCCGACGGCCGUUUCCGUGUCGUGCUCUUUGCGGGUAACAUUCUCGAUGCGUCACAAAAGGCUCGUGUAGACAAGUUCUGCGCGGCUCUCGACGCCCCUGACAACUUCCUUCGCAAGGCCACGCCUGCAAAUGCUGCCAUUGAUAGCGUCAUCGAGGUUCUGACUAUCCACUCUGCGAAGCGGACUGACACAGAACUGCUGAGAGAUUUUCCCGAUAUCUUGCAUCCCUUUGAUUCGCACACUGGCUGGGACUACAAUAAGGUGUACGUCGAUGACGAGAGCUACCACGAGGGCUUCGGAGACGCCUACAAGAACUAUGGCGUCGACAAGCAGAGGGGUUGCGUUGUGGUUGUGCGCCCCGACCAGUAUGUGGCGUGGAUUGGCGAGCUCGAAGACUUUGAUGAUUUGCAGAAGUACUUUGAGGGAUGUUUGGUUCUGGGCCAGCCCGCUGCGAAUGAGGUUAAUGGCACGAACGGAACUUCAUUGCCAGUGCGGUAA